UAUUACGUCUUUACAAAGAACUAUGGAGAAUCUCGCGAAGACGUACAAUCUAGACGAGCUUGAGGCCCCGGCGUGGUUGAAUGAUGAGUUCUUUUGCAAUGUGAUGCGCGAAUCGAAUAACGAUCCAACGAUCGAGCUCACUAGUGCUUGUGUGUUACGUCCGGGUACAAACAAGGGCGAUCAUUACGCUAGUGUGAUGUUCCGGACGACCGUCAAGUAUAGGUCAAAGCGUUCCAAGACGGAAAACUCAGUAAAUAUCAUUAUGAAAACGAAACCGGAAGCAGAGGGUCUGAAAAAGGAGCUCCUAGAGGAUGAUACACUGUUUGCGAUCGAAAUCGAUAUGUAUACCAAGACGCUUCCAGAGAUGGCUCGAAUGCUGAAAGAAAUUGGUGAAGAGUAUAAAUAUCCUCGUUUCAUUUAUGGGGCGCUGAAACCUCGGGCCAUCUUUAUUCUAGAGGACAUCAGUGAUCAGGGAUGGGUAAUGGCCGAUUAUAUUACCACAUUGGACGAUAUGAAGCCGACAGUGAGGGAUAUAGCAAUGUUCCAUGCCGCAUCGGUGAUGAUAGAAAGCUCGGAUCCUACGUUCGCCGAACGAUAUGCCUACGCCAUGGGUGAAAAGUAUAUGGGCUUUGAAGGGUUAAUUAAGAAAAGCUUUGGAGAUUUGAUGCAGCUAACAGUGUCUUGUUCGGAGUUCGCUCACUUUGCCAAACCCUUAGAGAAGUUUCAAGAAAAUCUUCGAGAAUUUUACGUUGGAUUAUACGACCCUUCUAAAACGUAUCAAAACGUGUUGAUACACGGUGAUUUUCAUUAUAAAAAUAUGCUUCACAAAAUCGAUGAUAAAGGACGACACGAGGAUACGAUACUACUGGAUUAUCAGAUCUGUUGCUGGACCUCACCUGCCAUAGAUUUGUACUAUCUAUUGGAUAUGAUACCAACACAAGAGGUUAAGGACGGACAUCGGUCUGAGCUGAUUUAUAUGUAUUAUCAACAGUAUACUGAUCUGCUGAAACGAUUGGGAUACCUGGGAAAGAUACCAACCUUGUUGGAUUUACAAAUAGAGCUUCUCGGAUAUGCUGGGCUAGAAUUAGUCCACUAUGCCAUCUUCAGUGCUAUACGGUACAUGGAUCAAAGUGCAAUCGAUAUCGAGGCAAUGCUCAAGGGGGAAGUAGACAAUCCCGUGUUGAACAAUCCAGAGUUCAAGAAGCUAAUGCAUACCGAGCUAACGCGCUUCCUGCAUCAGGGCACAUUGUCGAGUGUCUAUCUGGACGAUAACGUAGUUGGCAGCAUGGAAGAGUUGGCGGCUCCGGAACAGGCGUGGAUUGAUCGGGAUUAUUUCACGCGCGUGCUGGAAACGUAUUUGCACGCGGAUGUUACCGUGCAGCGAUACGAACUGGCCUCGGGGUGUGCUGGUGGACAAAAUUUUAUGAGUGCAAUCUUGCGCGCCACGGUACACUACACGCUGGCCAGUUCGGAACCGGGCCGCACCGAGACGGUGUCGCUAAUUGUGAAGACAAAACUUACGAAUCCGGAACUCGCGGAGGAGACGGAUCAGUUGAAUGUGUUCGGUAUUGAGAAAACCGUUUACGGACCGGUACUGAAAGCGGUUAGGGAGCUGCUGACGAGCUUUGGCGAUUGCACGCAAUUCGCGCCACGUUUUAUCUACGAAGAUGAGCACGCGCUGGUGCUGGAAGAUUUAGCCGUUAAGGGUUACCGGCAGCCGGAUCGUAGGGCACGCCUCGACCUGCCGCAUAUGCGCCUGAUAGUACAGAAGCUCGCCAAGUUUCACGCAGCAACGGCAGUACUAGGACGUAAGAAUCGUGACCUGUUCAGUGUGCUUGAGAGCAGCAGUUUCGCUACUGAGGGGAAUCCUAUUCAUCUGUUCUACGCCAACGCUAUUCAGCAUUGCAUCGAUCAAACGGUGCGGGUGCCAGAACUAAGUCAGUAUAGCGAUUUUCUACGUUCCUUCCUGGAGCAUGCCAUCGAACGUGAGGCAAAAAGUUACGAAUAUGACAGGACGGGCUUCAAUGUUUUAAACCAUGGCGAUAUGUGGCUGAACAAUCUGCUGUGGAAGUAUGAUGCAGAUGGUACGGUUAACGAUGUGAUGAUGGUAGACUAUCAGGAAAGCUUCUACGGUUCUCCAGCGUUCGAUCUGAACCACCUGCUGUACUCAUCCGCCAACAGUGCGAUCCAGCGUGCAGGUUUCGACGAGCUCGUACAGCUGUACACCGACGAGCUGCAGAGUGCAUUGCGGCAAUUUAAAUACGACGCUCCGCUGCCCGAUCUAGCACGCGUGCGAGCGGAAAUGGCAUCAAAACGCGACCAUGCGCUCAUCGUAACGACCUGCAUUGUACCACCGCUGAUAGUGGAAAAUAGCGAGUUGGCCACACCGGAGAAUAUGCUUGGCGAUCACGAGGAAGCAAUUCGCACACGGGAAGAGAUAUUUAGUAAUCCAAAGUUUAUUGAAAUCCUUUCUAUCUUGUUGCCGCGCCUUAUGGCGGGCACGAUCACUGGAUGCGGUUGGGUACAGCUCACCAGUUUCACCGAUCGAUUUCAUCAUCAGCUUCAGCUCGGGAACAACAAACUGAUAUACGUCCAUCUCCUUACGCUGUACAUCGUACUGGCGAAGUUUUUCCCCUGCCAGUCCCUCGGUGAUCAUGCCUUUCACAAUGAAGAACAUUCAUUCUUUUACAGUGGAUUCAUCAUGAGUGAAUUAAGCUGGAAAACUGUCGAAUAUUUCAAGGACGUAAUUGUGCGUGAUCUGUGCCUUGAGCCCAGUGAUACCUUCACCAUUACUAGCUUCGAUAUCGGUAAGGCAAAUGAAAAAACCGCCGGCUACAUGUCACUGAUCCAUCGGGUGUGCAUCGAGAUUAAGUUUGAAAAUAAUCACAACAAGUCUAGAGCAUUGUCGUACGUUGUAAAGGAGAAAUCAGAUACAGCUUUUGGAGACAGUCUGGGCGAAGUGUUGUCUGUAUUCCCAAAAGAGUGCGAAGUGUAUGAGAAGAUAAUACCCGCAUUCGAACAGAUAUUUGAUAAACGCGACAUGGUACGUUUCGGACCAAAAGUGUUUAAAACAACUAGCGAACCAUAUAACGUGAUCAUAAUGGAGGAUCUAACGCGCAGCGGAUUUUAUAUGCGGGAGAAGAGUUUUGGUCUUCCAAUUACGGACGUUAGAAGGAUACUACAAAAGCUGGCUGCGUUUCAUGCUGCGUCUGUGGUUUACAAGGAUCGGAAUGGAAAAUUUUCGGAACUCUUUUCCGAGGGUGUAAUAGCGGAAAGAACCAUUGACAUAUUGCGUGGUCACUACGAAACGUUGUACACAGUAUUUUUGCAAAGUUUGCGCGAUCGAAACUUUUCCGACGAGUAUCUACGGCCACUGAUGGUGCUCGACGGACGAUUACUACAAGAAUGUUGUAAGGCGCAACACGUCGAUUCGUCGGACUUUAAAGUGCUAAACCAUGGCGACCUUUGGCCAAACAAUGUUAUGUUCGGUGAAGAUGAUCUACGCUUGUUGGAUUUUCAAACAGCGUUCUAUGGAUCGUUUGCAUCGGAUCUGCUGUACUUCUUCACCACAUCCGCUACGGAAUUGAUGUGCGAUUCGCUGGAGGAACUAGUGCAGUUUUACUACGAGAGCUUGCUGAAAGCAUUCGAACAGCUACAGUAUCGUCAAACGAUUCCACCGUACGCUGAUUUGCUGCAGCAACUGAUGCGACGCGGCGUUCUAAUAUUACCGCCACUCACCGAAGCCGUAGCCAUCACGAUGGGUGGCAUGACGGAACCAUCGGAAAUGGAAAUGAUCACAUCUGAACGACCGGAAGGCAUAACAUUACGGGACCGUAUCUACAACAAUCCAUCGUUCGUCACACUAAUAGACCGUCUGCUACCAAGGCUUUUCGAAAUAGGAUUGUUACAUAAAUCUGUGGAUUCUGUGAACUAAAUGAAUGACUUCACAAAAAAGGCUUGGAAUAAACUAUUUAGAUAAAAGGCUA